CCGCCAAGGUUGAUCGCCGGUGAGCUAUACGGGGCCCUCUCUCAGUGGCUGCGACCAUGACGCUCGCUCUCACGUCCAUGUAUCCUUCCAUUGUGUGCUUUGGGGACAGUCAAACACAAUACGCAAAUGGUCCCGGCGGCUUCAUUGCCAGCCUUGCGCAUGCUUAUCAGCGGAAAGCGGACGUGUUCAAUCGGGGUUUCAGUGGCUACACGACCCGCCAAGCUCUCUUCGUCGCACGACAGCUAUUCUGCCAGUCUCCGCAUGCUGCGAUCGUAAAUGUCAGAGCUGUGAUCAUAUGGCUGGGGUGCAACGACUCGAUACAGAAGGGGCAAGAGCAACAUGUUCCGCCGGAAGAAUUCAGAUCCAAUCUGAGUAGCAUACUAGAUAUCGUUGCUGCCGAGCCCGCGAACGCAACCUCGGCCACUUGUCCCCCUCCUUACAUCCUCUUGCUGGGGGCCACACCUGUGACCCAGCGCGCAUUUCACGACAACAAGGCAAAGCAAGAGUACAUGACAAUUGUCGGCGAAAUUGCCCGAGAUGCACGCUAUAGCAGUAAGGUAGACUACAUAGACAUGUACUCGUUGUUCACAACUGCAGCAGAGCCAGUAGCAGACCUGCUGGACUCGGACGGCCUACACAUGUCUCCGCGAGGCUACGAAGUCAUCUUCGACGCAGUCUUCAAGCAGCUUCGUCAGCAAGACGGUCUCGAGCCCAGUGGCAUGCGUCUGCAAUUCCCUGAUUGGAAGUCGUUCGACACUGAUGCAACGGCAGAGCUUUGAUGUCGGAGGUAUCGCGCUGUCGAGUCGCGACACGCAGCUUAUAGAAAAGGGGCCGUCGAACACGCUGACAGCGGUCGACUGGCCUGUCGCAACCGGAUCAUUGUCAGCAACAUGCCCGGCGCCUGUACUACCUUGAAAAGAUCCUGUGAACUCUAGAAUAUGGCCGGGGCGAGACUUGACAAAUGCAUUCAGUUGUCCCGUUGUUGCCACUGUGACAUAGGUCACAUCGAUACCUUUCUCCUCUGCAAUACAUGCUAAUCAAGUCAGCUACAUCGGAAGCUACCCCGACCGCUUGACGAAGUCCUCGCUAUGGGAUGG